GACUCGAGGCCCGCCUUCGGGUCGCUUUCGGCUGUGUUCGUAAACAAGAGCUCGUUAUCCACGCUACCCCAGGCGGGCUACCAGGGGCAGGUGUCCUUCUCGUUAAUGUCAGACGUGUUGGUCGACAGUUUAGCUUCUAAUGUAUUUAAAAACUUGUUUUUAGGGGGGGGGGGUCAUCAUGAGAGUGAGUAAGGUGUGUAAAGAACACCAACGCAACGGUCGUUCACCAGCCGCCUCUCCUAGCUUAAACCGACCGCUGUUCGCUUCUAAUUGAGGACGUUUUUAAUGUGUAGUUUUUCUUCAAUUGUUUUACACACAAGCCGUCCGUUUGUUGCCCCCAUCUGACACUUGAGUCGGAAGCGCCGCGACGAGGAGGAGCAUCCCACUGGUGUUUAUUACACGCCGUGGACGAAGCCAAGUGGAGACGAGACAAGAGUGGGACAGGAGACAACAUGUUCGAGACAAGAGGAAUCCCCUUCGUGGUGCUCGACGUCGUAUGCCUGGUGCUUGCUGGACUCCCAUUCGUAAUACUCACUGCGCAACACAAACCUUUCCGCCGAGGCUUUUUCUGUAAUGAUGAUUCUAUCAAGUACCCGCUUAAAGAGGACACCAUUUCCUAUCAGUUGUUAGGAGGUGUCAUGAUUCCUCUCACAGUGCUCACUAUGAUCGUUGGCGAGUGCCUCUGCGUUCAUCUCAAGCGCCUCAAGUCCAAGUCGUCGUUCGGCAGUUACGUGGCCCGCGUGUACAAGGCGGUCGGCACCUUCCUCUUCGGCGCCGCCAUGAGCCAGUCGCUGACGGACAUCGCCAAGUACUCCAUUGGCCGCCUCCGGCCGCACUUCCUAGACGUGUGUAAGCCUGACUGGGAGAACAUCAACUGUUCGGUGGGAGAUUACGUAGAAAACUUCACCUGCAGCGGAGACCCCACCAUGGUCAACGAGGGCAGGUUGUCCUUCUACUCGGGCCACUCAUCAUUCUCCAUGUACUGCAUGUUGUUCCUGGCGCUGUACCUGCAGGCUCGUCUGCAGGUGGACUGGGCCCGCCUGCUGAGGCCAACCCUCCAGUUUUUCCUCAUCGCCGCCUCCGUGUACACGUGCUUGUCCAGGGUGUCCGACUACAAGCACCACUGGAGCGACGUGCUGGCUGGCCUCCUGCAGGGGGCGCUCAUGGCCUUGCUGGUGGUCUUUUGUGUGUCCGACUUUUUCAAGCAGCCUUUGGAUUCCUGCAAGGAGGUGGACAUUCCCCACACCAGCCUCCAGGAGACCCCAACAAACGGAAACCACUUUGAGAGUCCCAACUAAAGCCGAAGUGCUCACCUCA